GUAUGUAAAGUACAUAGUUUUGUUUCGAACAAAAAUGAGGUUUGUUAUCUUCGCGAUUUUUAUUAUUAUCGUUGACUGCAACUUUCGACUUUUAAAAAUAAAUGUCAAAAAAAAUAAAAUCCAUGAACAUGCCUCAUGUGAUGUGGCUUGAGUUUAAAUAAAAAUAAGAAAAAAUAUAAAAAAAUAAGCAAAAAAAUAGAAUUGAGAGAAAUAAUUUAUGUAAGCACCAAAAAGAUAUACUUUAAAAACGCUAAAAAACGGUUCAGUCUUCUCACGCGCAUAAUGGCGGAGAAAAGCAAGAGAGUUACUGCAGCUGCCGGAGACGCGCCACCAGAUAAGAAAGAAGACAGGAAAGAAGAUAGAAAAGAUGAAAAGAGGGAGGAAAAGAAAAAAGAAGAUAAAGGCAAGAAGGGCGUGCCAGAGGAAAUGUUGGCGGCAGAAGAAGAAACUCCCACUAAGACGCCUUCACAAAUCGCUAGAGAGGAAGCGGAGUACAGAGCAAUGAUGAGAAAACAGCGCUUCAAGCGCCGUUGGCCGGAGAUCUCUAAAGUUAAGAUCAGGACGAGACCAUGGCACCCCCCGCCACCGCCGCAGAAGAUGCCUCCAAUCGCGAUAGAGCUGCCGGAAAUGAAGACCAAGACCUGGGUUCCACCAUACCUGAGGAGGAGAAGACGGCGAAUGAAGUUACAGAGAAUACCUCCUGAAGAACUGACGCAGCCUCUUUACGAAUAUGCCAAGUUAAACAAGAUUUGGCACAACUUCUACAAAGUCGAUACGAACAAGAUGAUGCUGCAGGGGAGCAUAUCCUGCAACAACAAGAAAUACUCGUCUAAUGCUUGCGGAGCUCAAACAGGCUGCAUAGCAGUCAUGUGCCGUGCUCUUCUAGAAGAGAAGACUCCAGCACAACUCACCAGGCGGGAUGUGGACGAGUUAAUUCUAGCGGGAGACAGAUAUUACCACCAGUGUUUGCUCGGAAUGAAGUGUUAUAAAGGAAAACCGGCACUCCAACUCAAUCAGCUUUUAACAUCCUUCUUCCUCCACGAUACCAAAUACACAGUGAAAAUGCUGGAAGUAGACAGAGGACUUUUGGCCAAACACCCUGAUAACAUCCAAGCGGAUGUGGACCUUAUGACCCUCAUGGAAAAGCGCAUGGGCCAAACCUACAUGAUGAUAUUAACGAUCGGUGGCACAAAGCACUUCCUUAUUUGGGGCCAUCCGCCGUCGCCAGAAAGUGGGUCUGCUGUUAAAACAGUAUGCUACAUCUUUGAUCCGCACGCCCUGAAUGAGAUUGGAAAUCCAGAUCCUCUCAAUGGUGCUGGUGCCUUUAUUCGUUAUGCUGGCAUCUCUUCCUUCGUGCUGGACUUUUUGGCCAACUAUGGAGACUUGGAUGCGGCCAAGAAGGGGAAACCGAAACCUUCCAUCACCUUGACUAAUAUUGACGUGGUCCAGAAAGAGCCCUUGAUUAGGGAACCUAACUACGAGUUGGAUCUGAAGGCUUUGAAAGUCCACUGCAGAAGCGAGUGGGAUAGCUUGAACGUGAACGCUCUCAUGGAAAAGAAGAUUAAAGAGGGUAAAUACCCUUUAGCGUCACUGAGUGCUGUCAGCCUGGCCACAUCUAGAGCUACAUCCAGAAGGAAAGUGAGAGAAUUCUACCAGAAGACUCCUAAAGAACCUCUCCCACAAUUACCGAUGGCACCAGAAAAAGCACCCCCAGCUCCCACUUUGGACCAGAUUAUGGCUUUGCGAGGCGAAGACUUCUUCCUGUUUUGUCCCAGAAGCGACGGCCAUAAUUACGGGAGGGACGAUAUGAUUCCACGCCCCAAGUCGGAGACAAUCCUCCACAGUCCAGUGGACAUCGCCAACAAGAACUACCACUCGCAAUUUCAGCAGUUGGACGUUGAGAAGUGGAUAUUGAGGGGAACAAGGCAUAUGGCCAGUUACAGGUACCAAAUCUUCAAGACGUUCACUAGUGUACCGUGCUGUGUCGCUGCUUUCGCAACUCUCCGUCGAUUACGAGCCAGAGCUUGGAACGAAGACACCAUAGACGAAACACUGGACGUCGGAUAUAACAUAUAUCGAGAAUCGUUAGUGGAACGUGGUGGACCCAUCAGAAGACUAGUGCUCGGAGAACUGAAGGAGACAUUCAGGAUGAGGGACGUGGAAUACAAGCAUAAGGAACGCGGUAUAGCCGUUUGGGGUAAACUAGUAUCAAACAAUCCUAAAGUCCUGGACUUGUGUCGAGGUAUUGAAACGUUCUUCAAGGAAGCAGACUCUGGAGUGUUACAGAUUCCUGGUGAAUAUGAAACGGCCAUUUGGAAUGAGGGUGGCAGGUAUUACAUCUACCACCCGUGGCCCGCAGACCGGUAUGGAUACAAGGUUGGUCUCCAAGACGGUGGUAAAGCUUGCCUGCUCUAUUUCACUCGCGUGUCCCGCCUCUGUGAACACUUCAUGGACAGCGUUCCGGACUUGAAGAGGAAACCUUUCAGCAUAUCCGAUGUUCAAGUCUUCGAGCAGAAGGAGCUGCCUGAACCAGUCAAUAAGUUGAAACCUGUGGCACCAAACCGCUGGAUAAUACGCGGCAGUUUUCACGAGGGCGACGAGAGAUUCCCAGAAGAGCACAGAAACAGACAAGCCACACCUGCCUCCAUAGCCGCCAUAGCUAUGGCCCAUAUUGUAGACCCUGCUGAUUGGACCGCUGAAGAAGUUGAUGAGGUCCUAAUCCGAGGGGACAUACUCUACCAAAACACCAUGGAACACCUAGAAAAAAUGGGCAUUAGCUUAGACUCCCCCAAGAUCGAAGAAGAAGCCGGUGAAGAGGAGUACCAGUCUUCAGGGGGUGGAGUACUGGCUGCAGCCGAUGUGCUGAACAGAUUCAAGAUAUCCGACUACGAUUGUAUCGAGACGGAGGUUAUGGAUAGCACUUUGAAUGGUCAUCUAAACCCAGAACCAGGUUCUGGCCAGACCUCGCUAAAGGAUUCCUUGAACCAUCUCUUCAAGGAGUAUUCUCACGCUGUGUUCACUGCUAGAGGAGCUUCGAACGCUAUAUGGAAGCAAGACGAACACUUGUACUACUACGACCCGCAUGGAUGUGAUGAGAACGGUAAUCCAUCAGAAGAACCUCUUUCUGCCGCUUGCCUUGUCCGAAUCAAGGGUGGAGUAGACGAGCUAGCUAAAGUUAUCCUCGGUAACUUACCACCUGGUGCCGACGAUAGCUUCAACAUAUCCCCCGUUUGUAUCACCGCUAGCAAACUGAACGCUGAGAUCGGAGCUCCGGAGACUAAGCUUGAGAGCAAAGCAUUCCAAUGGAUAAAUAAAGGCACAGCCGCCAUAAUGAUGGGUCCUCGCGCUGAAAACACUGCGAUCGGAAAGGCGGCCACUAAAAUCGGUGUUGGGGACCAUGACAAAGCGGGCCGCACAUUAGCCUUACCCUCUGCCGCUGCUUUUGUGGCCGCGUCCGAAUCUGUACCACCGCCUCAUAUGCAUCAAGACCAUAUGUAUAACUUUCUAGAUGCCGGUGCAGAUUACUACAUAAACCAUUUGAAGAAGACUGGUCGCAAGGACAUUCAACCGGAAGACUUGACCGAGAAGUUUGAAAUGGGAGCAAACACAUUCUCCAUAGAAUUGGGAGAACCUAUAAAAUUGCCGUUGAGGCUGCCUGAUGAACCGGCCGGUGAAGGUGAAGAGGAAGCUGGCGAAAAAGAAAUAGGCGAGAUGGAAGAAGAAGAAAAGGAAGAACCGAUGAAACAGAUAAAAGAUGCUCUCUUCAAAAUGUGGUACGACGAGACCAAACCGACUUCAGUAUCUCUCCUUGUCGGAGAUUAUCAUCAGAUGGGAGUGUGGAUGGCAGCAGGGGGGAAAGUUGUAGCUUUUGAUCCAGCACCGAUAGUGGCUAAAGGAAUGCUUACAGUUCAAAGGAUUCAGAAAGGUGAUGAGAUUCGUCUCCAAAGGCUCAAAGACGAGAUGACCGGAGAAGGGGCAGGCGAUGAAGAGGAGGAAGAAGACGAAGAAUUAGGAGAAGGCGAAGAGAAGCCGGAACCGGAACCAAUGCCGGUGCCUCCGGACUCGUGUCCCGCGCUCAUGGUGUUCGCUAGCCCGGGCGAGUUCAUCGACAAACUGGCUCGCCAAGGCCCGUUAGACAAUAAGCAGUGCCUCGCGCCAUACAAGCUGUACCCAGUGAAGGUGGUCAACGAGCUGACGUCAGUUCUGAAGGACAGGAAGCCUACUGCCGCCAGGAGUGGCGAGGGUGAUGAAGGUGCUGGUGAUGAAGAAGAAUCGGAAGCCCUCGUCGAAGCUUUAGAUGAAAACGCAUUCGGUCCACACUAUACGCGAUUGAGUCGAGGCGUGGCUUCCCUACGAGGAAACGUGGCUCAAGGGGAGAACUAUUUUAUGGACCAACCGAAUAGGGACCAUCAAGACGCAGCAAACUCAGUUAUGGGCAUAGUGGUAGACAGCAUAGAACCGUACACCUUCUGGAAGGCGGAGUUGAUCGAUGCCGUACUCAAGUACGGGGACCGGUUGUACACUAUGUCUUUACCGAAUGCCAGUAGACCACCGAACCUGGAACCUGGGGAGCUGCAGACGGAGUUCCACGUGACUAGUUUUAAUGUGAAGUUAGAGAUUGCACCGAACACAGUGACUGGAGACAUAAAAGCUGGGGAAUAUGGCGGAGUCUUGAAUCUGCGACGUGCUUUGAAUAGAUUCUUUGAAUCGAACAAGCACGGCAUAGUUUGCUCGAAAAACUACUGCGUAGGUGUUUGGAAAGCCGCAGACGAUAAGUCUUGCUGUCUGUGGGAACCUCACUUCGUCGGUCCGGCGGGAAAGACUUCACCCAUGGGUGCUGCCGCUUUGGUCGUGUUCAGCGAUUUGGGAGAAUUGGCUGAUACUAUAAGGAGAAAUGUGGAGGGGACUGGAAGAGCUGGGCCUAACAAGUUCUCCAUCAGCGCUGUCAAGGUAGCCUGGGAGAUAUCCAAAUUGCCGACUGCCGUCACACCCCAAGGCAGUGUCCCCGACGAAGGGUAUGAGUGGAAGGUGCUCACCGCCUACGUGGAGACGGCUAAAGGAAGAACUAUAUUGAGGGGGACAAGGCCGCCGGAUAUUGUGAAGUUCACACGGGACGCUCUGCUCCAAUCAUCAUGUGGUGCGAUAGUAGCCGCUUGCAUGUCUCACAUACGACGCCCGCAUCUGUGGACCAGGAAGACUGUGGAUGAGGUUAUGUCAGUCGCUUGCCAGCUAUUCUCUGCGUCCCUGUCUGCAUUAGGAUAUGAGUUUAGACCUGGGGAAGAUGUGCUGCUACCAUUGCAGGUGUUGAAACGUUUUGUAUUGGGUGUGAACUAUGUGCGUUACGACUUGGAAUCUGUGUACUCUGGAAAGUUGGAGCAGAGGGAGCCUUCAGAGAUGACUGUCAGGGCUGCGUUGGAGAGGUUUUUCGAGAGUCACACGCAUGGAAUCCUGUGGUCGGUGCCCCAUGCGGUCGCAGUUUGGAGAGUAGCUGGCUCACCAGCUUAUUAUAUGAUGGAACCGCACGCCUGCGGACCCACGGGUCUCAGGGUCGAUGCUCAGGACGAUGGAGCAGCCUGCGUGUUGACGUUCACUUCACCAAAACUAAUGGCAUUCGCGUACUUACAAAACAUACCGGCUACCGAACGACUAAAGCAUGACUUCCAACUAUACGCGAUGGCAAUAGUGGUACAACCUAUUAAAAAGCUGGGCGGUGUUGAACCUCCAUUGGUGCGAGCGCCGCCGGGGGCGAAGCUUGUGCCAGCCACUAGCAAGGUUGGCAUCGACGGUAGCAAACGUAGAGCUAACGAAAAGGACCGCAAGCAUCCGCCAGGGAGCGCCACCUGUAUCGAUGCUCAACGAGCCACGGACGAUAGAGACAAGGAGCAGAACAAACUGAAAGGUCAACGCAACACCAGCGGCUGGUUAGUGCUAAACGAUGGCACUCAGUUCCUCUCGGCUCAACACUCGAUGGCGUGUCGUAAGUUCCCGUACGCUUCGAGAGGAAAUCAGGCAAUAGCUUGCUCCAUAAUGGCCGUAGCCAUGUCUCGUGUUGAAGACGUGUGCCGCUGGUGUUCCACCACCCUGGACCAGAUCCUGGAGAGCGGAGACCAACUCUACCAGGACAGCUACCUCCACUACAAACCAACAUGCAAAAUCUUGACCAUACAACAGAUACUACGCAAAUUCUACACUCCUGGUAACUGCGUAUGCCGAGUGGUUGUGUACAAGGCUAGGCAGCAGGGGAUCGUGGAUUCAGAUCUUCUUGCGCAGUUGACAGAAUUCUUCAGAGAAGAGAAGAUGGGAGUGUUUGUGGCUGGGAAGGGUGAUUUCGCUGUCGCCUUGUUCAGGACUCCUAGAGGGUUCUAUAUGUUCGAUCCGGCAGACAGGGACAGGUAUGGAAGAGCAGUCGCACCCCCUUGCAUUGGAAGAGCUAGGGCUUGCUUUUCCCAAUAUCCUAAUGUCCAAACCUUGGCUGAGAAGUUAGGACCCAACAUACCUCCUGUAGUGAGGGAGAAACAAGAUGGUGAUGAUGAUGUCAGCCAGAAAGGAACAGAAGCAGAGAGCAACAAAGAAGAUAAGAAGCCUGAAGAAUCUGAAAAGGAGGUACACUUCGAAGAACCAGCGGGCUUUGCUAUUUACGGUAUGGAUGUCACCAGCUUGCGAAGACUGAAUCAACAUGAGCGAUAAAAUUCAACUUGCUAUAAAUUUUAAUAGACAAUGUAAAGCCAAUACUGAAAAUAUGUGUAUUUAGAUACUUCUUAAUAUGCUUGCAUUGCAAUUAGACCAAGAAUUAAAUACAAUAAUAUGAUAUUUAAAAUAGACACAAAUAAUGCAUAUUUCAGGCGUAAUUGUGUAACUAUAAACUUUUGCAAAGCUUUUGAGUAGGUAGUAAGGUUGUUGGACCAUGGAAGGCCACUCUAACGAAUAAACAGUUUUUUAUAGUUCAUUUACUGGAUAAAUGAAAGAAACAAAUUAUUAAUUAACACUUUGUUUUGGCGGGUAAACAUAUAAAUUACUUUGUAAAUGUAAUCAACUUUUAAUAAUCGCUUCCAAACGGCUUUACUAGAAACAGGUGUCUAAACAAGGACAAUAUUAUAAAUCAGUUGUUCAAUUUAAAACUAGAAUAGUAAUUAUCGAAAUAUCCGCUUUUGUUUAUCCGCCGCACUAAAACUAAACUAACUAAAAAUAAGGCAAUUAUAGGUUAUUUACAUAACAAAUUUACCUUUAGCUGUGCACGCGAUUUACAAUUUACCAUCGACGGUCAAAGUAUACGAAGCGAUGGAUCGCAAUCAUAAAAUAGCAACGCGAGGGACUCGCCGCUGCGUCUGUGUUCAUGAGUUUGAUGGAGCUUAGUGUAAGUGGGAGGAAUUUAUCAUCAUAUAUGACAAGAACUUUUUUUUU